AAAAACAAAUAAGUACACAGUCAGCAAAAUAAUUUGUUUUCCCACUUUUAAUCGUAGUUUAAACUUGAUCUGUGCUUUUAUUAUUAGCGGGCUAAGCUAAACUGCCGCUUGUCGCAAUAUAUAAAAUAAACCGGUUUUAUCCUACGUAAUAAACGCUGAACUUGUGCUAAUGCGACCGUAUGUGAUUUUCCUCAUCCGUAUCGAGACUGCGUUUUGCGCCGCGCAGUCCUCGGACUCUUCGUACGACGGAAUCUACGAAACGUGUUUUAAACGAAGUGAAGUAAACUAAAUUAAUUAUGUGUCUUUUAAAAUUUUUGGUUUUGGCAAUCGUGCCAUUGUCUUUCGCUCAAAAUAUUCCUAAGGCGACUAAUCUCCACAAUGGGCUCACCGAGAAGAUUGGAAAUUUUUCCAUUGAAUUAUUGUAUCACACCUCGAAUUUGGAGCAGAGUAAAGGUAACUUGAUUAUGUCUCCAAUCACCGUUUGGACGGUUUUGGCGGUAAUAGCUGAAGGCGCGUCUGGGAAUACGAGACGGCAGAUCAAUCACGCGUUACGGCUACAAGCAAAGCAUACGAACGUCACUCGAAGCGAAUUCCAAAAAAUCUCAGAAUGGCUCCGAGUCAACACGAACACAAUAGAACUCGCCAAAAUCAAUGCCAUAAUUGUCGAUAAGCAACGUUUGCCACAACAAGACUUUCAUGACAAUGCAAAGACCUAUUAUGAAACUGAUAUGAUAACACUUAACUUCGAAGAUGCACAGAACUCUGCUAAUUUAUUGAAUUCAGCCAUCUCCAACUUCACCCAUGGUAAAAUACCAAAGAUAGUUGACACCGGUAGUUUCCAAGACUCCCAAAUGCUGUUGACUAGUGCACUCUAUUUUAAAGGUCAGUGGACUAUACCAUUUAACACAUCGUCUACAUCAAAACUACCUUUUUACAAUAGUAAAGGUGAAAAAAUUGGUGAAGUGAACAUGAUGUACAAUCGACAUACAUAUCCAUUCUCGAACAUUAAAAUAUUAAAUGCAAGAGUCAUUGAGUUGCCAUACGGUGUAGAAAACCGCUUGUCAAUGUUAAUCAUGGUGCCAAACCCUGGUGUUUCACUUGCAAGUAUGUUCAUGAAGUUCAAGGAGCUUUCAUUAGAUUCAUUCUUUGAAGAAUUGCGCAUCUCUAAGGAGGAAUUUUCAGAUGAUGAAGUCGAUUGUUUCAUUCCGAGAUUCAAAAUUGAGUCUAAUUUGGAUAUGACAUCGGUGUUGAAGAAUGCCAUGGGUAUCGAGGAUUUGUUUGAUGCGAGGAAAGCUGUUUUACCACAUAUGGCUCGGACUCCUAUGUUUGUGUCGAAAGUGGUACACAAAGCAGAAAUUGAAGUUACAGAAGCAGGAACAACAGCUGCCGGAGUAACAGUCGCAGAAUUCAGCAACCGAAUAGGAGUUGUAAGAUUUGAGGCGAAUCGUCCCUUCACUUACAUGAUUGUAGAGAAAGUAACAAAUUCAAUUGUAUUUGGAGGCUUUUAUACGGAGCCAUCACUUUACUAAUUCCGAGUAUGUUAAAUGUAUGUGUAACUUGAAACAAUUGAAAGAUCUGAAUAGUUUAAUUGUGGUUUUUUUAUUGAUUGCUAGCUAACCUGACAGUCAUUGUCCUGUCAAUUUAUGCUAACAGUAGAAGUAUGUCAGAAGUAGUGUGCAUGAAACAGAUAUUGUCAGUAUAUUAAAAUGUGCUUAAAUUGAUAACAUUGUGAUGAUUCAAAUAAAUAUUUUUAUAUUUCUCAAAUGAAAAUCAUAGAUUCCAAACCAAAUUGUAAUCAAAACAUACAUAAGUUUAUACUGUGCAAUAGGAAAAAAAAACAUCAAAUGUAAAUAAAACUAUACAGCAAAAGGAAAAUGCAUAGUAAUAAUUACUAGAAUUAUGCAUUGGGCUUCUUUGGAAAUAUGUUUGUAUCAACUCUGGAUUGGACUCGAACUUGUAAUUCGUAAUAGGAAAAUGUUAAAAUGAAAACAUUGCAAUGAGCAAUGUUCUACUGAAGUUUCUUUAGAAUUAUUCUACUACUAGGUCUGAAUAUGCUUUUCAAUGACGGUGUUGGAAGGAAAGCUCAAGGGCAUAGUGCUAAACAGCUUCUGGAACUUUUAAACAUCACAAUGCUUGCCACCAUGAGAUAAGAGGUUUAAGUCUUGACUUUUAACACGUGAAUGUGAUAGGUGAGAACACUGAAUAUUAGGCAUAUAACUGUUAACGUUAUAUUAAAAACUCAGUAAUAACUUGAUCAUAUAAUCUCUGAUUAGUUUAUUAGUAUAUUUUUGGAGGUUGAGUCUAUGUAUACUUCUAGACUAUCGUGUCAAUUAUACAAAGAAAGCCCUCCCUUGAAAGCGUUUGCACAGUGUGUUGUGUUAUAGCAAUAUUAGAUGAACUGGAAUUUCAAAAGUAAAAAGUUUACGAUUUACCAUUAAUGCUUUUAAUAAAAAAAUAUAUAAAUGUU